CUCUUUCUGUCUGUUUCUCUCCCCUCCCUCUCCUUCCUGCUUCAUCUCUUCAAGAAAGUGAACAUAAAGUAAAAACACGGAGAGAGAGAGGCAGAGAGAGAAAAAGCUCCCUGAAGAGGGAAGCCCCAGCAGCCAGUAGCUGUUUGGAUUUGCCUGGCGCUGCCUUUCUUGCUUUGCUCCCAAGGAAUACCUUUAAUGGGAUCAAUUGCUUCAGUUCCUUUAUAACCAAGUCCACCGGAAAGGCAGACUCAACAUAUUAUGGGCAACUGUGUGAAGUCUCCACUGAGAAACCUCUCAAAAAAGAUUUUAACUUGGGCGAACUGAGAGGGAACUCAGUGAGGAAGAGGAGGAGCUGGGCCCUGGGUGGUACUUUUAUUGGGAAGAAGCAAUCAUUCUCUUCCUGUUACUCCUCCCUGUCUGUUCUCACCCUAUCCCCACUUCAGUAAAGCUCCUUUGAGGCGUUCAUGUCCUGGGACUGAAGAGCCGCCUGCGUUUGGGUGCUGUUAAGCCAGAACUACCAGGCACAACUUUCUUAUUGCUUAUGAUCUCCACCAUGUGUUUCUCCCCAGCAAGUGAAAACAGAGACUUCAGAUGAUUAGGAGAACAGCUGAGGAAUGUGAAGGCCUCUUGCGUUUGAUAUCUAUUCUUGGGGGAAGGUUGGAUUCUUCUGUGAUGGAGGGGCAUUACCUGCUUAUAUUUUUCUUGUAUUUUGCUGAAAUGGUAGAGGAGAAGAGGACAAAAAAAAAAAAAAAAAAAAGCGGUGAAAGGUCUUCUGACUCCCAGACAGUCUCCUUAGCAGCUUCUUAACCACAGUGCCAAGUAGCAUUUACUGUUUUGAAGGCAGCAACAAAAUCGAGUUCUCUAUAAAAGAGAAGGGAUUGUAGCACAAGCUGGAGCAUAAGUGGUAGCUAGACAGAGGAGGAGGAGCUCUGGGCAACGUGUGUGUGAAAGCUGCUCUUGGGUAACAGAGUUUGAUCUCUCGAAUACAGGAUCUCCACCAGAAAGUUCAGAAUCGCCUCCGGGCACGGGCUGGCUUGGCCUGGGACUGAUCGGCACCUGCGUUCCUCGCCCGUUCGGAUGAUAACGUUCAGGCUUCAUCCCCAGCACGUCUGCUGUUGGCAGCUUCCCUUUCCGCAGCAUCCCCCAAGCGGCAGCAGCAAGCCGCGGUGCCUCUCCUGCUAGGGGCCCCCAGUAGAGACGAGAAGGCCUCUCUGGGCAGGGAGCCCCCCGACGGGUCGCGCUCGGCCGGGCCCUUGGCACCGCGGCGGGUUGUAUGGCUGAGUUGUUCUGCCGCUCCUGGCAACUGUUUCAUCAAAUCGGCAAUCUCUAUCCAUGCAGGAAAAUAAUGGGCUGACCUUUGCUGGUACGGCUCUGUGACUUGAUAAUAGCUCUAUUGACUGGAAGGGUCAGAAAGCGAGGAUUAGUUAUAGGCUAGCGGCCUCCCGUCUUUCGCUUGACUUCAGUGGAAUUAUGCUCCGGACUGAUGUGGGCUACUUUAACUGAUUCAUACUAUUCGGUAUAUUAAACUGAAAAAUAAAAAGCUGAUGAUUUUGAAAAUAUAUUGCAUGAUGUCAUGAAGCUAUGCAGUUCAGCACAGAUGCCAUGACAUUUAGCUGAGCUGGCGAUAUGCUAUUUGCAGACUGAUGCUCAUCUUUCAUGUUUUUAAGGAGAAGGGUCCUAUGUGCCACACGUAAUCGGCGACAGAUUUCCUCCUCAUCCAUGACUGCAAUGAAAACGCUUCUCUGCUUCCUCAUUUUCUUUCCCCAUGGCUCGCUUUCUGAGUUGUUUUUGUUUUGAUGCUGGAUAUUCACAUGACGUUAUACACGAGCAGAUUGGUGUAAGACUGUGUAUAAAAAUGUGAGCUACAAACCAGGUGUGCAGUAUCAGAGCACAUGGCAGACAGCAGAUGGAGGCAAUAGGUUUGGACAAGUGUGUUUGUGAGGUGGGGCGAGCUGAUCUUUCAGCCUGAAAAAGAAAGGAAGCCCUUAAGGCAAGGGUUAAUAGCGAGAGACAAUGGCUAUUGACAGAGCUUUGCUGAUGACCCCUGGGAGCACUGUCUGUGAAAGCAGAACUCAUUCCUGAAGCAGGAAUCUGAUGCAUGAUUAAUGUUUAUUCUGUAAAACCAAGGGUCCUGUGGGUUGUGCUGGCUUUUUAUAGCUGCAUGGGAAUAUCAGGAUAAGACUUUUCUUGCAGAGCCAGGGAAAUGCAUUUCUAUAAAAGGAAAGCAGCGGCUCCUUAUAAAAUCCAGUGCUGGGUUCUAUUCUGGAGCCUGAGCUUAGUAGGACGCGUGCACUUAGGAAAAUGAUCUGUGGAAAUGCAAACGGACAAAAUUGUCGUGCCUGUGACUGAUCUCGCCUUUGGGACUGUAAAUGCGGUAACUGCCUGAGACCCCGAGAACGUCACUAAUUAGAAGUGGAACGGGGAGUGCGAGACUGCAGCCGGCAAAGCCACCGGUCCUAUAAAGGGCCUUCUGAUAACAUUACAAAGUGUGUGAGGCUGUGUUGCUGAAAUGUAACCUGGAGCCUAACUCCGUGUCUGCGGGCAGGCUCUGCCUCGUGGUCUGGCGAGGCCCUGGCAGGGGCGGCUCUGCCAGCAGCUUCGCCUGUGCCGGCGCGUGGUGCUGCCGGGGCGCGCUCGUCCUCUGCAGCUCCUGCCAGGAGUCAUCAACUCCGGGGCUUAGAGCGGGCGCCUGGCCCUGUGGGCUGCUCCGGAUAGACGUGUGCAGCACUGAGAGUCUGAUGUCGUUUCAAAGUGAAAUUUUCCUGGUUGGCUGUACUCUCAUCAGCUUUUGAAAGUGAGCUCGUGGACUUACUGCUCCUGUACCAGUCACAGUGGAUCGGUGGGUGGGACGCAGUGCGGACGAGAUGAAGGCAGCCUAGCAAUAAUGACUCCGCGAGGCGGUUCAGUAAGACUUCAGAGGACAGGCUGGGCGAGACGGGGAGGUAACAUCCUCUGUUGUGUUGUUUGCUUGCUGCUGGUUGGCUGGGAAGAUCCGCCAUGAGGAGAAGACGUGCUAUAAGGCUGUCCAGACGAGCGAAGAGGGGCCGUCGGCCUGCGAGUACCAGGGUCCGCUCAUGGUGCUGGCCCAGAACUGCGCCGUCAUGCACAACCUGCUGGGGCCGGCCUGCAUCUUCCUGCGGAAGGGCUUCGCAGAAAACAGGCAGCCUGUACGAUAGAGAACUGCGUCCCGAAGAAAUUGAAGAAUUAAGAGAAGCCUUUAAGGAGUUUGAUAAAGACAAGGAUGGGUUUAUUAACUGCAGGGACCUGGGGAACUGCAUGCGAACCAUGGGCUACAUGCCUACGGAGAUGGAGCUCAUAGAGCUCUCCCAGCAGAUCAACAUGAACCUGGGUGGCCACGUGGAUUUUGAAGAUUUUGUUGAGCUGAUGGGACCAAAGCUUCUGGCAGAAACCGCAGACAUGAUUGGUGUAAAAGAGCUCCGCGAUGCCUUCAGAGAGUUUGACACCAAUGGUGAUGGGGAGAUCAGCACCAGUGAGCUGAGAGAGGCCAUGAAGAAGCUUCUAGGGCAGCAGGUGGGCCAUCGGGACAUCGAAGAGAUCAUCCGGGACGUGGAUCUGAACGGAGAUGGGCGUGUUGAUUUUGAAGAGUUUGUUCGCAUGAUGUCCCGUUGAAGAUUAUUCUCGGCUAAAGAAGAAUCAGCACCUUAGAGAGGGCAGAAGAGGACCUAGAUGGAGCAUCUAGCCCCGAUGUUCCCAUGUGAAGGUUUAUCGGCUGGCUGCGUUUGGGACCUUGCGAGACAACCUGCUGCUCCUCCCUCACGGUGGUCCCCAUGCCCCUCCGCCCUUUCACACUGUGAAAGACUUGCAACUUCCUACAACUGGAACCAUUCCUCGGAGAACAUGAUCGCAGGAAACUGCAGAGCCAGGACUAGCCAUGAUGCUUUCAUGGGAUAUUUGCAACUUCAGACUCCUCCUCCCCAGCUUUUAUUCUCCCACCAGCUGCUGCAAAGCAAGAGCAGGAGAGAUCCUCUCGGCUUGGUGGAUGAGAGCAAAGCCAUCGGGACUGGUGGCAGCCUCAGGGCGUGCUCUGCACUUCUUGGUUUCCCUUGGUGAACCGUGUCUGUGUUUGCUGUCUGUGUGUGUGCGUCUAUCUGUGUGGAGUUAUUUAUGCUUCCCCGGCACAUAUUCGCAUCUCCUGUGGUUAUGUUUACCAAGAGUAAAUUCAAAUACAUGUCUUGUGGGGGGAAAGCGA